AUGAGGCCAUCAUGCAGAGGCGAUCCCUCCAAGAGCAGCUCGCGGAGGAGCUGUUUUCAGCAUGGGACUGCUGCUGGGCAGCACAGAAGGUGGACAAGCACGAAGUCUUUUCGUGAUGGAAGGUCGAAGCCGCCGCUCGUCAGGCUCCAGCAGGCCGACCACUUCAACAACGCAUCGCUGUCGAUCGUGUACAACCGGUCCAUCAGCGCAUGCCGAAGAUAUGCAGGAUGGGAGGAGGCGCUCCGGAUCCUCCAUGGACUCAGGUCUGUCUCGCUGCAGUGCGACCUUGUCAGCUGCAGCUCCGCAAUGAGCGUCUGCGAUGCAGCUUCGCAGUGGCAGCGAGCCACGGCGCUGCUCGAGACGACAAAGGCCACCCUCGGGCCUCCAGAUGUGAUCAUGUACGGCACAGAACUGAACGCUUGUCAAAAAGGCAGGCAAUGGCAGCGAGCCAUCCGAUUGCUCAAGGAUCUGCGCCGCAGUUUGCGGGCGGACGUGGUAACGUUGAACACGGCUAUGUGUGGCCCAUCAUCAGGCGAGUGGCAAAACGCCACGCACCUGCUUGAGGAGGCUGCCUCUUGGUCACUGCAGCCGAGCAUGGUCAGCUACAAUGUCGCCAUGCGAAGUUCGAGCUGGAGGAGGGCCGCAGAAUUUCUGAUGGCGGCCGGAAAGAACAAGUUGCGAUCCACGGUAACCACUUGCGGCACGAUGCUGGCUUGUGAGCUGCCCUGGACGGCGGAGCUGGUCCACCUGUCUCAGAUGCAGCGAGAGCAGCUGGAGCCGAACCUCAUCACUUUGAGUUCGGUGCUCUCGGCUUUGGCCAUCGAGAGCUGGCAAACCUCUUUGGACCUCCUCGCCGAGGCCCAAAAGCGUGAGAUGCAGCCCAACGAGUUUGCCUUGAGUGCGGCCACCAGCGGAUGUGAGCAGAGCGCCGAGUGGGAGCUCGCAUCGCCUUUCGUCUUCCAACUAGACUCAGUGCCUUCAAACUUCAGCACCUGUUGCGUGAAGUUGGCACCGGAUUGCAAGCGAGACUUGUCUCACUGGCUGCGCAGCUGUGCGAUUUGCGAGCUUUUCGUCAUGACUUGGUGCCACUUGUCGCUCAUGAACUUACGCAGCUUCCGGAUUCCGGGACAGCUUGCAAGGAGCCUUAGCUGGAAUGCCGCUGCAAGCGCUGCGGCUGCAGGCGAGAUCGGACAGCAGGCAGAAGUCAAGUCCGUGUGUGGAGUUCGGAGGAAAUGCCUGGGGGCACGUGGUCGGGUUGUUGCGGACUCUGCCAACCCAGUGCCACUGAAUCGCAUUCUGUAA